CCUUCUUCUUCCCUCCCAUUUUCCAUUCCCUUCAACCCUAAACCCUCUCCUUUCUCUCUCCUCUUCCUUCAUGGCUUCUCUUUCUCUCCUCUGCUCCAUUGCCUUCGUCUCUUUCUCCUCCCUCUUCCUCCUCUCUCACGCCAGAAUCCCCGGUGUCUACUCCGGCGGCCCCUGGCAGGACGCUCACGCCACCUUCUACGGCGGCAGUGAUGCCUCUGGAACCAUGGGUGGUGCUUGUGGGUAUGGGAAUCUCUACAGCCAGGGCUAUGGCGUCAACACAGCUGCUCUCAGUACUGCGCUCUUCAACAAUGGCUUAAGCUGUGGUGCUUGCUUCGAGAUCAAGUGCGCUAAUGACCCAAAAUGGUGCCAUCCUGGUAGCCCUUCUAUUUUCAUUACGGCUACCAAUUUUUGUCCCCCCAAUUUUGCUCUUCCUAAUGACAAUGGCGGUUGGUGUAACCCUCCUCGCACUCAUUUCGAUCUCGCUAUGCCUAUGUUCCUCAAGAUCGCUGAGUACCGCGCCGGAAUCGUUCCCGUCUCUUACCGCCGGGUGCCAUGUAGGAAACAAGGAGGAAUCAGAUUCACAAUCAACGGUUUCCGUUACUUCAACUUGGUAUUAAUCACCAACGUCGCGGGUGCAGGGGAUAUCGUGAGGGUUAGCGUAAAAGGAUCAAACACCGGUUGGAUGAGCAUGAGCCGUAACUGGGGCCAAAAUUGGCAAUCCAACUCUGUUUUAGUGGGCCAGGCUCUCUCCUUCCGCGUCACCGGCAGUGACCGUCGUACCUCAACUUCAUGGAACGUGGCACCUUCUAAUUGGCAGUUCGGUCAGACCUUCACGGGAAAGAAUUUCCGCGUUUGAAAUUCCCUCCCUUUUUCCUUUUAUCCUUUUUUUUGAAAAUUUUCCCUCUCUCUAUUUUUCCCCUCUUUAUUUACCCGGGAAACUUUGGUGUAGUGGGGAGAGGUAAAAGUUAAAGUAGGACGGUCAAAAUGGGACUUUCUAGGGUUAAGAAGUCAACAGCAAUUAUAAGUCUGUAAUUCCGAAUCAUAGGUGUAGGAAAAGUUACCGAGGUGUGGUAACUUCUUACUUUUUUUGUUUUGGUUUGUUUGUUGGGUGUGUGCUUUUAUGUUAAAGUAGCGGUGGUGAAUUUGAAAAUUACCGCGGUUGAAAAGAGUGUAGGGGAGGCUGAAGUGGCUGCAAUGGUAAAUGUGUAGCCCGCAGCAAUUUACUGCUACAUAUAGUAAAGUUUGUUAUGUUAUAUGAAAUGACUCACAUGUAUUAUUAUU